CUUUCUCUCUCCUCCCUCUCUCUCUCUCAUAAAAAAAACCAGACCUUUAAUAGAGAACUUUUGGCUCAACCCAAACACAAUACCAGACAAACAUGGAAAUAGAGAAAACCAGAGAAUCAUAGUCACAGAGAGAGAGAGGGAGAGGGAGGGAGGGAGAGAGAGAGAUGGAAAACACCUUAUGUGAUGAACUCUUGCAAGAAAUUUUUCAAAAACUUCCAUCAUCUUCAUCUUCUUCUGUUUCCCUUGUCUGCAAGCGGUGGCUUCACCUCUACCGUUCAUCAAGAACCUCUCUUUCUCUUCGUGUCAUCCCACACUUCUCUGUGAUUCCUUCUCUCACCUCUCUUCUAACCCACCACUCUUCUCUCUCUUCCCUCUCUCUGUUCCUUUCUUCCGACCCCACCACCACACCCUUCACACUCUCAUGCCAUCUUCUCUCUGUUGUCUCCUCUUGUUGUUCCAGGCUUCUUGCUCUCAGAUUCUUGGCUGGCCCUGUUUCUCUCUCCUCCCUCACUUCUCUCUCUAAGGCUUGUACCCAUUUGACAUCUUUGAAUAUUAGCCUCUCCAGGCCAAUCUUUCUCAUGUGGGUGUGUUCUUUUCCUUGUUUGAAAGAUUUGUCAAUUAUUUUGUGCUCUGGUGAUGGUUCCCUUGGAGAUGAAGAUGAUGUGAAUAAUCAAUAUGGGGUUUGGGAAAGUGAAGAUUUUGAUGCGGAAUUGGGGUUGGAGAGUCUUUGUUUGGUGGGUAUUCGUGGAGAUGAUUGGGGAGUGGGUUGGUUAUGGAGGAGUUGCAGAAAGCUUAAGAGGUUGCAGCUUCAGAGUUGCCAAGGUAUUGGUGGGUCCUACUCCUCUUUUGUUCAGUGCUUGCAAGGUCUUCAAGAAGUUGAGCUAAUAACUUGUAGGAGUGUGGUUGAUGGGGUUCUCUUGAAACUUUCAGAGAAUUGUCACUCUUUGAAUUCACUCUUGGUUCAUGAUGGUGGUAGCAGAGAGGGUUUGCUACGCUUCUUUUCUCAAUGCAGGUCUAAUAUCCAUAAACUUGAUCUUCGUUUACCUCUGGACCUUAAUAACAACCAUCUUUCAGCUGUGGCGGUGAAUUUCAGAGGCCUCUCAUGUAUUAGGCUUCAAAGUUGUUGUCUUGUCACUGGUGAAGGCCUAAAGGCUCUUGGGGUGGCAAUGAGUAAUGGGCUUGAAGAAUUGGCACUCAUAAACUGUGAUGUGGUUGAAAGAGAACCUGGAUUGCUUGCCACUUUGGGACAGCAUUUGAGGCAAUUGAGGAAAUUAGACUUGUCACAUAAUGAAAUGUUGCUUGACAAGGAGUUCAUUUCAAUGUUAGUUUCAUGCAUUCAUUUGAUUGAUUUGAGGCUAAGAGGGUGUAAAGGACUCACUGGUAUGGCUAUGGUUUCUAUGCUUAGGAGCUGCAAACACCUUGAAAAUGUAGAUAUUAUGCAGUGUUUGGGGAUAGAAUCUGAGGCCAUUGAGCUUUUCAUUAAGAAUUCUCCUCGUUUGAGAAGAAUGGAGGUUGAGGGAAGCAAGCUUUCUGAUGCUGCAAAAAUGUGUGCAUCAAAUAGGUUUAUUGAAAUUGUUGUUUAAUUUGUUCGGUGGAUGUUGAAAGAAGCAAGUGUAUAUUUAUAUACUUCUAAAUAAACAGGUAUAUACUUCACGCUCCUGAUCACUGUAUUUAUUAUAUCCAUGUUUAUGUAAUACUAUGUUUCGAAUAUGAAGGGUAGUUUAUGCCCCGUGAAUGUUCAUA